AUGGAGAAAGGAAAUCAACAAGCUGAAGUGCCCAUGCACGAGCAAGCAAAACAAGGUGGAAAGUGCUGUGGAGGAUGCUGUGACUACCGUCGUGCCGUCAUUGUCCUAUGCAUCAUCUCUCUCGUGUUCUCCAUCAUUGGAAUUGUCAACCCUGCUCUCAGUCAAGCCUUCCAGGCCGAAGAGUACCCUGAAUUGGAACAAAUUGUCAAGGAUCACAACACCAGCCUUCUUAUCAUUGGCAUUGUUCACAUCGUCAUGACUGUUAUCGCUCUUGUUGGUGCCAUCAUUUUCAACUUCUAUUUGGUUGCCCUGUACGUUCUCUGGUCCAUCUUGAACUUGAUCAUCUCCAUCGUCCUUCAACAGCAAAUGGUUGGGGAUUUGUUGGACUGGGUUGAUGCACAAACUGACGACGCCGCUUGGGGUACCACUGACCAGGACCAGCUUGAAACAGCAUUCAACACUUACAUGAUUAUCAACUACGUCAUCACUGCUCUCUUCACUUUGUUGUGGGUGUACCCAUCUGUUUUCUUGUCCGUUGAGAUCAAGAAGGGAAUCAUGACCAAGGAGACUUAUCCUCGCGAGGAAAUGUCUUGUUGCUGCGUUUCUAACCGCAACUAG